AUGGUGGCAAAAGCAACCAGAUACGCCGCAGCAGGCCCCUCGAGUAUUAAGCACAAGGCGCUCAACACCGCCGUCAAGUAUGCACCGUUUGGCGAUCAUGACGACGUGGCCAAUACGCUCCGCAAGGGCUGCUGGCGAGCUCGCGACGUCCUCAACUUUACCGUGCAGGCAUUCUACAAGCGCAACGAAGAUGACCGUCUCUCAGAUACGCAGGAAGCAGCUCGCACCCAGUUUAUCAAGGAUUAUCGCACCCAGUGGGUCCAGUUUGACGGACGUGAGCUUCGUGACGACCCCGUGGAGCCCACGUACAAUGAUAUUCUCGACUUAUACAGACAACAUCUUGACAAGUAUUACUUCUUUAGCACAUUGUCUGACUACCGACUGGCUGUCCAUGCCUGCAACACCAACAGUGGUGAUGACUGUUUACCAAUCGAGAGCUGGCAGGAACGCAGGUUGAUCAUCCCAACCAGUAACCGCAAAACCGUCUUUGAUCUUCACGAGGUUCUGGCCGUCCUCUUGCACGAGAUGACGCACCUCUACCUCCAGCUCACCGUUUGCAAGUGCAGCGACUGCAACGAAGGCAUGCUCCUCGGCGUGGGCGCGGCGGACGAUCAGCAUGGUCCCAUUUUCCAAAUGCUGCACCGUCUCAUCCUGAGCGACCUCCGCAGCUGGCAUGAUCAGCUGGCCAAAUUCGACGAUGACGACUGCCCCGAGAAGUCUGUCAGUCAGUAUUCCCUGGAAUGUCACGACGCGGCGUGCGAAGGUUCUACCAAGAGCUGGAAGUACAGAUACAAUAACAAGGCUCACAAAAAACACUGGAUUUCAUUGGUGGAGGAGAGCGACGUCGUGUCUGUCAGAGUCCGCAAGGUGCUUCGGGAUUCUCACAAAGCGCUCGAGGCUAAACUACUCAAAGCGGAUGAAAAGAAGGACAAGAGCGCCAAAAGAGAAGACUCUGCUCAGGGUUCGAACAAGUACAAGGAUUCAGAUGUAGAGUCUGACGUGGCUUCUGAUGAUUACCGCUACGGCGGUGACUCCAGUACGUCUGGUAACAAGGGCAAAGGUAAGGCCAAGCCAGAGUCUAGCAAGACAACGAAGGGAAGGAAGAAGCGGGUCGUAUGGAAAAAGCAGCUGGAAGAGUAUGAAGAGGACACUUCGGCUAGUAGCAAUGAUGAAGGGGAAGGGUCUGCUGAUGAUGACGACAAGGGCGGGUCAUCAAAGUCAAGCAGCAACACCAACUAA